AUGAAACUUAUAGUUUGCAAUGAACUUCAAAGUAUAGAUACAACAAAAGUUUUGAACUCAGAUGCUUUGAAGAGUCUUAUAACAGACAAAGUUGGAGUUGUUGAAAGAAAGUAUAAAGACCAAAGAGUUUGUGAAAAUGUUGCAAACUUCAUUAUGGUUUCAAACAAUGUUGUUCCGAUGAAGUUAGAAAGUUCUGACAGAAGAUAUGUAGUUGUCAGAACGUCAGAAGCUCAUAUGCAAGAUACUGAAUAUUUUGACGACUUAGCAGAAACUUUGACAUCUGACUUUUACAACCACUUGUUCUCAUAUUUCAUGACAUUAGAUAUUUCUAAGUUCAAUCCAAGACAAAUUCCACAUACCGAAGAGAGACAAACAUUGUUAGAAGCAAACAAGAGUGUAUAUGAACUGUUCAUAGAUGAAACUGACUUUGUGUCAUUAGAUGAAAGGUCAUUGUACGAUUCGUAUAAACAAUAUUGUCAAGAAUAUGGUUAUAUGACAGCUUCUAAACGAACAUUCUUGGCAAAUGUCAAAAGUCUUUUAGAUGUUCAGAAUGGUGUAUAUACAAAGAAAAAUUUUUCUGAGUAA